UAAGAAUAAAUUGACAUCAGCCAGCAGCUAGGACAGUCGGUCGGACCCACGAAGGGCUUGCGCAGGCGCAGAACCGCGAAUGGGCGGGGUCUCAAACUUAGGAUCCGCCCCGCGGUCACGUGCUUCCUCUCCCGCCAGCGACAGAGCGGCGGUGCUCUCGGGAAGACCCCCUUCUUGGGGGUCACCUAGGGUGCCUCCGUGCCAAUGUCGAAUCCAGAAAUGCUGUUCCUGCAGCCCUGGAUUCGAGAGCUGAUCCUGGGCUCAGAAACACUGUCAAGUCCACGAACCGGGCAGCUGCUCAAGGUCCUCCAGGACUCGGAGACUCCGGGCCCAUCUUCCGCCCCUGACACACCUGAUGCCGGAGCCGAGUUGCUUGUGUCAGACGGAACCCACAGUGUCCGAUGCGUGGUGACGCGCAAUGCCAUCGACACCUCCGACUGGGAGGAGAAGGAGCUCGGAUUUCGCGGGACCGAGGGCCGGCUCCUGCUGCUGCAAGCCUGCGGGCUCCGCGUUCAGGUGGCUCAGGACGACGCGCCUGCAGAGUUCUACCUCCAGGUGGAUCGCUUUAACCUGCUGCCCACGGAGCAGCCCCCGGUACAGGUGACUGGUUGCAAUCAGGAUUCAGAUGUGCAGAAAAAGCUCAAUGAAUGUCUGGAGGACCACCUUUCAGAGUCUGCUUCUUCCAGUACAGGCUUAACCCUGUCUCAGCUUUUGGAUGAGAUGAAGGAGAACCAGGAUCAUCAGGGAGCCCUAGUGCGUCUAGCUGAGAGCUGUCUAAUGCUAAAAGGCCCUUGCCCAGCACCACCCCUCACCCACUGGACUAUCUCUUGCUCCCAGGACACGGGGGAAGCUGUCUUCAUUGUGUCUAACUUAUUGCUGCACAUCCCUGAGGAUGAGGAACAGAUUCUGAGUUCUAUAGGCUCAAGUCAGAAGGUGCAGGAAAUCCCUGCUUCACCCAGCCUCAUACCCCUGGAGGAAAGUGGUGCCAGCGUUAGCCUUCUGUCAGCCUUGGCACCAUCGGACCCUGGGCAGAAGGACAAUUCCCAGCCUCCACCAGCUGUUGGUUCAACCUCCCCAAGACCUCAAGCCCCCAAAUCCCCACCCUGCAGUUCUACAUCCAGCUCCUCACUCUUGACCUGUACCCCUAGUCUCUCACCCCUUCGACAUGGCCUUAGUUCAUACCGGGCCUGUGAGACCAGAGCCCGGGCUCAUAAGCUGGAGUUCAGGGAGCUCCAGAGACCUAUCAGGAAACGGCAGCUUCUUCCAAGAACUGGAGCCCAGGAGCCCUUCCCUGUGUGGGAACCCCCAAAGAGGCAUCAUGAUACAUCUGCAUUCCAGUAUAAAUAUGAGACACCCUCUACCUCCCUCCAUACCCAGGUCCAAGCUGCCAGGCUUUCUCCUCAGCUUGUAGCUUGGGCCUUGAACAUAGUGAUGCAGUCAGAGUCUGAGCUAACACAGGUAUGAGGCAUCAUUAGGACCUAUCAGAGGACGUACACACAUGGGUCUACGGACAGACAGUAUUCCACGCUCUGUUUCAUUCAAGUUUUUUAAUAAAAUAAUUUCAUGCGGCA